UAGAAGUUGCCACUACUUUCACCCUGACUCCCAUCAGGAUUCACUCUCCAUUUUAGUCCAGUCAAUGCCACCCAUCAGACUGCUUCAUUAUUCAGUCUGAGCACACAGCACUGUGUGCAGUAACAUCUUAUCAUCAUGCCUAGUUUCUUGGGUUGUGCAGUUGCCGCGUGCGUCGUGAUGGCGCUAGCAUCGGGCGCCUCCGGGGUGCCGGAGGAGUGUCUGACGAUCGAGGAGGACACGUUCGGGGUGCACAAGGACCCGUCGACCGGGGAGUCCUACGCGGUGAGGUCCUACACCCUGGUCAACCGGAACAACCUCCAGGUCAAGGUCAUCGACUACGGCGCCACCAUUGUCUCCGUCAAGACCCCCGACAAGAACGGCAAGUUCGCCGACGUCGUCCUCGGCUUCGACGACGUUUCCGGUUACGAGCGGUCGGACAACCCGUACUUUGGAGCAACAAUCGGGCGAGUGGCCAACCGUAUCGAAAAUGGCACAUUUCAGAUAGGCAAUCAGCGAUACAGUGUCGCCAAAAAUGUCCUUGGCAAGCAUAGUCUUCACGGUGGAGAACGAGGAUUCGACAAGGUCAUGUGGACAGUUGAAAAAGGGUGUAAUGAGGUGCGAAUGACGUACUACAGCCGUGAUGGAGAGAGUGGUUUCCCCGGGAAUGUUAAAACAACCGUUUGUUUCAAGCUGACAAACGACAAUAAAUUGAUCAUCAAUUAUCAAGCCACAGCCGACAGAUGUACGCCCAUCAGUCUUACAAACCAUGCUUACUUCAACUUAGCUGGUCAUAACGCAGGUCAGGAAGGACUGUACCAACAUUUAGUUCUUAUUAAUGCUGAUAAAUACACUGAUUACAAUGAAGAUAGUGUUCCUACAGGUGAGAUUAAAAGUGUAAGUGGAACAGAGUUUGAUCUGCGAGAGCUGCAGCCUCUCGGAGCCGCUAUUCAGCGCACAUUCCAUUCAUAUGGAUUUGAUCUCAACUACGUCAUCAACUCAAACGAAGACAAAAGCAACUUUCAUUUAAAAUUCACAGCCAGAGUAAUCGAUCCAGUCAGUGGGCGAUAUGUGGACACUUUUACAGACCAACCGGGCGUCCAAUUUUACACUACUAAUUCAUUAGCACCGAUCCCUGGGAAAGAGGGAGUGCUCUAUGAUAAACACAGUGCUUUCUGUUUAGAGACGCAGAAAUUCCCUGAUGCUUUACAUCAUUCUAAUUUUCCCAGCAUUAUACUGAAUCCUCACCCUGAUGUCUACAAACACUCAACAGUUUAUGCAUUUGGAGUCGUAAAUAACUGAAAACUGUCUUUCUCUGUACAAUUUGCUUCAACCUUAGUCUUCCUAAUACUGGAAUGUUGUGAUUUGUUUGAACUUUGAUCGGUGGAUGUAUUGCUGGAAAAUUACUGAGCCAGAGCAAAACAUUUUGCAACUUUCAGCGAUAGAGGAUUCCGGAUUAUGAAGCUUCAAACCAAAAACGUGAAUUCAUGAGGGGGAUUCCAGACGCAAGAAGUCAAUGAAAUAGAGAGUAACACACUGCAAUGAUGGAGAUGUUUGUCGCCUCCAUUCCUAAAAUAUCUAAAGUUUUUAAAUUGCACGAUGUCAAAAGACCCUUCUACAGAUUUGAAAAACUUUGGACUCAUCAGUAAGAAGAGAAUAACUUUUUGAAUUUUUUGUUUUAAAUUAGUAUUUAGAGAUUUCUUAUAUUUUGAAAUAUUUUAUGUCCUUUUUUACAUUAAAGUGUUUUAGGGCCAUCAAGGAGAAAUUUCUCGUCUUUUUUAACAAUUUUUAUUUUUUUUGUGUCAAAAGUUUGUGAAAUUUACCUUUUUUCAAGUAAAUAAAGGGGGGAAAAUUCUAAUAGUGGGUGAAAUUAAGUGCUCAGCUGAGCUCUUGUUUUAGGGAUAAUCUUUUGCUUUGUUAGUCUAAGCAUAUCCAGCGCAUGUGGGUACAAAAAUUUUAGAUGCAGCCACUAAGUAUCUGGAAGAUUUAAUUGUUAUUAAAUUUAGCUUAUUUCAAGCGAUUAUUUAGAAAAAUGUAUUUUUCCUCAAGACAUUCUUGUUGAUUCGUUCUGUUAUAUAUUGUGCUGUUGUUUCGUAACUGUUCAUAAUUAUUUAGGUACCUGUUUAUUUUUAUAUGUCUAAAAUAAAAUGGAAGCCCAAACAA